AUGGUAAGGUUUAGAAAGUUGAAUGGUGGAUUAUGGGGCAGUGAAGAAAAAUUAAAUGAAACAGUUGAAGAUGAAGAUUUUGGUUUCCCCAUGGAUGAAGAUGAUCAAGAUAACCUUAUAAAGAAACUCGAAAGAAGAAAUUAUAAAGAGCGUGAAACAAGUAUACAGAUAUUAAGUAUGUUAUUACUAGUAUGUGCUGGAAUUUUCCUAGCAAUGGCAACACGAGUUAAAUCUAGAGAUAUUGCAUCAAUGCUUUUAGCUGGUGUUCCGUCAAUUGUUUGUUCAUGGAUGACUUUGCGUUAUAAUUUAGUUAAUGAUUAUUGUCUUUUUAAAAGUUUUAGGUUAUAUGUUAAUGAAAGGUAUAUUGAUAUCCUUAAUUAUACAAUUCUUAUCCUAAUUUCAUGGGUUAGUUGGAAUGAAUAUGAAAAUGAUUGGCAAUUACAAUUAUUAUUUCAAAUUCCUUUAUUACUAAAAAUUACUGCUAUAAUUAUGAAAAGUUGGUCCCUUGAGUUGGAUAAAGAGUUUGAUUCGUUGCGAGCACUUAAAUAUAAAUAUAAAAGCGCGUGA